AUGAAGCGGAUUGCAACGCGCUUGAAGAAGGACUCGAUGGUGACGAUGCCUAAUUGGCCGGACGAGAAAUGCUCCGAACCCCCACAGCGAUUACAGGGAAUGGUCAGUGUAAAGCGACGAAAACGCCGUGUUAUUAAUAUCUCUCGAAAAUUUCAAGCAGAGUUGACGAACGGGAUUCUUAAAUUCUUUCCCAAAAAGAGGAUGGGAAUCGCCAUAGAACCUGAGUUCCAAAUUGAUCUAGCCAAGGCUACCGUGAUGUACGACGAGAAGCGCAUUGUCUUGAUUCUAAAGGUAGCGAACGAAGCUCACAGCUUAAUUCCGCUCGAGGAUUCAUUAGAGAGGUGGCGGGAGGCAAUUCUCAAGCAUAGGUUAUAUAGGCAAGAAGCAGUCAAGAAAGGCUUGCAACCGGAUACUACCCAUACUUUGGAAACGAUAUCUGGAUCAGGACCUAGAGAUGAUCAGGGCUGGGAAUCGCACUCAUGCAAUAAGAUGUUCGAUGAAGUUCAUCAAAUGCAAGGCUUAACACUGGAGGUCCUUGAAAAACUCACAAAAACUUAUGAAGAAAUGAGGAAAACUAACCUGGAACUACAGAUCGCGUUGAAAAAUAUCCGAGACGCGUUAAUGAGACCAGUAGAGGCGACGACGUGUUGGACGAGUGCUCCUAGCUCAGUAACACCAACGAAUAUUUCAACGUUCCCGCACUCAAAACUUUCCACUACGAUUCCUACUUCGGUUUUGGAAGGCACCAACUCCUCGAUGGAUUCAAGAGUUCCAGAGGAUUCGGGAUCAGAUGAGGAUGAUGACGAAUAUGGCAAAAAGAAGGAAAACAACCAAAGAAACAAGAAGAAAAGCUGA